CAAGCCCAUCAUGGCCUGGGGAGGCGGCGGCGGCGGCGGCGAGAGUCGAGGCUGAGCAGGCGAAGCCGCCACCAGACGACCCCCCGCCGCCGCCCGGACCCCCAGAAGGGCGGGAACAUGGAUGCGGGCCCCUCGCCGGGCUCCAGUCUGAAGGAUGUGAAGUGGAGCGCCGUGUCUGUCCCGCUGGACCUGCUGGUGAGCACCUACCGCCUGCCUCAGGUCGUCAGGCUGGAAGGCGGAGAAGCUAUAGAAGGUCUUAGGGAGAGUGAUUACCUUUUGAUUCAUUCAUGCCGACAGUGGACCACAAUUACAGCUCACAGUCUGGAGGAGGGACAUUACGUCAUAGGGCCGAAGAUAGAAAUCCCUGUGCAUUAUGCUGGGCAGUUUAAGCUGCUGGAACAAGACCGUGAUAUUAAGGAGCCAGUGCAGUAUUUUAACAGUGUGGAGGAGGUGGCUAAAGCAUUUCCUGAACGAGUUUACGUCAUGGAGGAAAUAACAUUCAACGUUAAGGUGGCUUCUGGUGAAUGCAACGAAGACACCGAGCUUUACAACAUCACCCUCUGCACGGGAGACGAGCUGACGUUAAUGGGGCAAGCGGAAAUCCUCUAUGCAAAAUCUUCCAAGGAGAAGUCGCGGCUCAACACCAUCUUCAAGAAAAUCGGGAAGCUCAAUUCCAUCAGCAAGCUGGGCAGAGGCAAGAUGCCGUGCCUGAUCUGCAUGAACCACAGGACCAACGAGAGCAUCAGCCUUCCUUUCCAGUGCAAGGGCCGCUUCAGCACGCGCAGCCCCCUGGAGCUGCAGAUGCAGGAGGGCGAACACACCAUUCGCAACAUCGUGGAGAAGACCCGGCUGCCCGUGAACGUGACUGUGCCCAGCUCUCCGCCCCGAAACCCUUACGACCUGCAUUUUGUCCGCGAGGGGCACCGCUACAAGUUUGUCAACAUUCAGACCAAGACUGUGGUGGUUUGCUGUGCGCUGCACAGUAACAAAAUCAUUCCCAUGCACUUCCCUUUGCAUUUGGCUCUUCCAAAGUUCACGCUCCCCGAAAGCCUUGUGAAAGGGGAGGUGGGUCACGAAGCCUUUGUCAAGCACUGGUUCAGUCUCUGCCAAGAGCAGUUUGACAUCGACGAGUAUUCCCGCGGCGUGAGAGAUGUGAAAGCCGACUGGAAUGAAGAGUGCAAAAGUCCACAGAAAGCCCGGCCCCACUGCCACAACCACAUGCCAAACUCUCUUAGCUACGCUCGGGAUGAGUUGACGCAAUCCUUCCACCGCCUCUCGGUUUGUGUUUAUGGAAACAACCUCCAUGGAAAUAGUGAGGUGAACCUUCACGGCUGCAGGGACUUGUGCAACGAGUGGGCUUUAUUCUCCCAUGAUGCCCUGCAGUGCCAGGACUCGGGCGAUGGCAGCAGCGACUACCUGUUCCCUGAAGUUUGUGAAGAAUCGUUGUGUUUACCUACCAAACCGGAACUUCCUUAUGAGGAACUGUGGCUGGACCAGGGGGGUGGGAAAAUGAGUGAUCAGCCUCUCACUCGCUCACAAAGUGAGAAGAACAAAUGUGACAGCUAUAGGAGUUCUUUCCGGUCCAAGUGUGGCAAUUCUUCUCUUCCAGCACCUGGGCCUAUAACAGUAACAUCAAAAUCUCCAGAAGUUUCCCUACCUCCACCACCUGUGCCUCCUAAAUCAGAAGCAGUCAGAGAAGAAUGUAGACUCCUGAAUGCCCCUCCUGUUCCUCCACGAAAUUCAAAGCCAACAUCCACCAGUCCAUCUGUUCCUCCGCGGGCAAACAAACCAGCGCGGCAGCAGACUCGUUCUCCUAGUCCAACACUCUCAUACUAUUCAUCAGGGCUGCACAACAUCAGUGCUGCAGAAGGAGAAGCUGAGUCUGCCUCCGAGAGUGCUCCUGUUGCUUGCUAUCCGUGCAGCACAGUGAAGGCUGACCUACAAGAUUUUGGCAACCUACUGCCUUUUGGAAGCCCCUCUGCUGAUGCUCUGUCCUCCAGGCUGUCGUGGCCAAAUCAUUGUUCCGGAGCUGCUGAAGGCCUUAACAGGGGUGAAUUCCUAUUGGACCCAAGCAGGAGUUACAGUUAUCCAAGACAGAAGACUCCUGGCACACCAAAGAGAAACUGCCCAGCAACUUUUACAUUUGACUUGGAUAGAAGUGAAUUUCCUGUAGGGGACACCCUGCCAGCUGCAGCAGAACCUGGUUGUGCAGUGCCCACUUGCCCAAAGUCAGCGAGUUACUCUCUCGAGUGCACCGAUGAGAAGAGCCUGGCAGUCAGUAGCACACCGCAGUCUCUCUCAUGUCCUGCCUUACCCCCUCGUGCACCAAAAGCGGCAGAUGAGAAGCCCGGCCUUGACUUGUGUCCCCUGCCUUUCAGAAUAGAUGGUGCCGAGGAAGAACCGCAGGCAGGCUCGCCAGACCUUUCUGAAGAUCAGUACCUUGGCAAAAAGGGCAUGCAAGACAUCUUUGCCAUCCCUUAUCCUUUCUCAUCUCCCCUCCACCUUCAGCUAGCACCAAGGUCCUGCGGUGACGGCUCUCCUUGGCAGCCCCCUGUGGAUCUGUCUGGACUUUCAAUAGAGGAAGUUUCUAAAUCUCUGAGGUUUAUAGGUUUAUCUGAGGAUGUCAUAUCCUUUUUCGUUACAGAGAAGAUUGACGGCAACUUGCUUGUUCAGCUCAAUGAAGAGAUCCUUUUGGAGGACUUCAAGCUAAGCAAGUUGCAGGUUAAGAAAAUACUGCAGUUCAUUAAUGGCUGGCGACCUAAAAUGUAGUGCUACGAAGCCGGUGCAAUAAAACUCAGAGAGAGGUGUGCCAGAAGCACCGGGGCUAACACACAGUCUCUCAUUUUUGUUUUUGUUUUUGCACUAAAAUCCUCUGUUGCUCUUAUGUAAAUAUAGUAGCAGGAAAAAAAACAUUCUUACUAUGCAGAUAUUCUGAGUGGUGAGCAGACUCUUUUGUACAUAGUAGAAACAGGGAGGUGUGCCUUGUGCAUCCCUGAACAUUCAGAAGCUGCUAAACAGUGGGCUUUAAAGGGAAUUUAAUUUGUACUCAGUGUAGUCUAUUAAGACAUUAUAUUUAUUAUUAUUGAUUAGGCAAAGCUGAACAGCACACAAAUCACCUUGAUUUUUGUGUGUUUACCAAUAAAUGUAUUUCCUCUUGGGGGUUUUUUUUGUGUUCUGAUGGCUGCAUACCUUGCCUUCAGUUCUGAUUUAUCCAAUGGUUAGUGUCCUUCUCCCACUCGUUCUAAUUGUUGGGAUAGCAUUCCUUUUAUAUGUGGGUUGUGAUUAGAACCCUUUUCUGAAUGAAUCCAUCUUCCAGAAGGAAAUUCAAACCGCAAAAAAAACCGACGAAGGAUUUAGUAGCUUCGUGUCACCUCCAGAUGAGUGCAAAUUUCUCAUUGAAAAGGCAAUACAAGUUCGCCACUUAUUUCUCUGCCUAGUUGAAAACAGGGUUGGUUUUUAUAGAGUUGUUGGCCUUUAGGAGAGCAAUACUUACCGGUAAUCCUCUGCUCUUAAAUCUCUUGUGAGCUGUCACUGCCCUGCUCACACAUGCAGUUUUCCUUUCUGCCUUGUUAUCCACCUGUGGCCUCUCUUUCUGCUCAGUUAUAAUUUACAGGGCGAGGAGGGGAAAAGAGAGGUAGCAAAAAACACAUUCAGCUUCUACACACAUGUAUUUAUAAAGGGGCAAUGAUCUAUGAACGCAGCAUAAUUUUCAACCUAAUAGCACUUGAGGGAGAAGGAAGGCCUUGGUCUUUCAUAUAGCUCUGUGGGAGGGGCAGGAUUUGGGGUAGUUCAGCCCAAACAGUUUAGAAGUCAUAGCCCUACCAAUCUACUUCUCAGAAUGGCCCCAGUUUGAUUUACCAUCGUACUGUUUCCCUUAGAAACUAUCGCAAUCAAGGCAGGUAUUCUUUUUUACCCAGUCAAGUUCUCUUGCAUAGCAGAUAACAGAUACAGAAAGGGAGAGAAUAAGCACAGGUUCCUUUCAGUGUUGGGGAGCAAAGGGGUUCUGAAAUGCAGAAAUGUGCUGUUCCGAAAUGUGCUGUUUGUUUUACAGAUUUUGGAAAAGGUUUUGUAUUAGAGAAACAAAGAAAGAUUUGGAUUUAAAAUGUGAUUGAAACUACUUUGCAUUCAAUCUGAGCAAAUUUUGAUGGCUUACAUUAGUACAAAUAACUGUUAGAGAACAAUGCACCCAUUGUCUUGGGUGUAAAAUGCACACAAGGUGAGAAUGAUCUGCCUUGGAGUGCAAGUUUUCAGGAAAUAAGACACAGAUGCAGCAGUUCAGUGGUUCAUCCUAGAUGCUUUGUAUUGCUGCUGCUUCUCUAAGGUUUCUUUAAAAAACCAUAAUUAGGAAAGAGUGAAACCUAAACACUAACCUAAAUUAAACAUUUCACAUUUCCCAAAACUAAAUCUAGUCUAAUCAAAAUUAAGCUGAUUAAAUGAUGAUUAAGAAAUGUUUAGAGGAAGUAGAAUAGUUGAGGUUACCCUCCUAUUCUUGAAAUAAUAUAUGGAUGUUUUAGGAUCCUAAUCUAUUAAAUGCAUUUGACUAUUUAAAAAGUGGGGUGAGGAGAAUGCACAUGGUGUGUGAUGUAUUUACCCAGCCAGCCUGUUUUCAUUAUGCUAGACAACAAAUACAUCGAAGUCUUAGGAAGGGAAUCCAGGUCUUAACACAACACUACUAAUCCCAUUGCUUAUUCAUAAGAGUUAAACAGCUAGGAUAAAGGAUUUCAUGUUUGUAUUUAAAGCUUCCCCACCACCACCACCACCCAAUCCUUAAUGCAGUGUUCCUUAAUGUGAUAUUUUCAUUAAUUUUUCUUCAGUUAUCUUUGUUCAUUGGGAAAAAAAUGACUUAGGAGGCUUACAGAAGACUGCAUGCUGUAUUUGUGGGAGAAAGCUGAAGAACGUUCUUGCCAUUAGGGGGGAGAUUGUAAACUGCUUAAUUUAAAAAAACACAACAAAACACUUUGGGGACUUGAUUAAAAGUACUUUCUCCAUAGAUGAGUAGACUAGUGUAGUUAGGUGGAUUCUCAUGUGAGAAGUCAGUGAUGAUCCCAGGAUUAUCAUGAUGCAAUGUCCCCCCCCCCCCGGUAUCUCAUAGGAUUGCAAGCACUUCAGUGGCCAAGUCCAGCACUGGACUGCAUUUUUAUAGGAAGAAAUUCUAUGGGGGAAAGCCUGUACUUUAACUUCAGUGGCCCAGUUCACAUGGAAUGCUAAACCAUGGGAUAACCCUAUGUGCACAAUCUGGAAUGAGCCCAAGGCUCUAAAGAACAUUACCAGAACUUACUUUUAUUUUCCCUUAAUGUUGGCUUGUGCUAUCCAUUGUUCCUUCUUACUUACCGGUGCUUUUUUCUGAGGGUAAUCAAGGUGCACAGUACCGACACCUUUUUUUCUAGAAGCACUGAUGAGCACCAUGGUUUAGUGUUAUGUGUGAAUAUGGCCAAUGGUUUUCGUUAACGUAAGGAAAUUAAUGGAAGGAAAGUUUCCUGACUCUUCCUUCCCUUGCAGCCUCCUGUGCCCCACGAAAAGACUCCCUAGAGCAGGCAUGGCCAAACUUGGCCCUCCAGCUGUUUUGGGACUACAAUUCCCAUCUUCCCUGACCCUUGGUCCUGUUAGCUAGGGAUGAUGGGAGUUGUCCCAAAACAGCUGGAGGGCCAAGUUUGGCCAUGCCUGCUCUAGAGAAUCAUUGACCCUUCUGAGCAAUAGGGGGGCCUGCUAAGGAAAGAGAAAAGCCUAAAACUGUCUUAGGAUCCAACUUCUCUUAGAUUCAACUUCUCUUUGCAUCCAAGCCAAGCCAACAUUCUUUCGGUUCAUUCAGACAAUCAUGUCAAACCAUUGUUGAGAAAUUUUAACUGUGGUUUGGCAUCAUAUAGCAAACCUUGGCAGUUGAGUGCCUAUCAGUCUGGAAGUUAAAUUGCAGUUGCCUGACAUCUUUGUUUGUGUUUUCAAAAAUCUAUUUGUACUUCAAGCAAGGGUUCCUGUGAUAGCUCCUCAGUGUAUAAUCCCUUGUGAUUUGAGAAGCGCUCACCACAUGGUUAAAAUCUUUUAAUAGUGAAGGGUUUGCAGGAUGUGGGGGGGGGAGGCAAUGUUUCCAAUUUCUAGCAAGUUUUCUCUUAAUGGAAAACAAUUCUGUGCUUUGGGCAACCUUAAUCCUACCAUAAUCUUAUGCAUGUUUCCUAGGAGUAAGCCUCAUUGAACACAGUAGGAUUUACUUCAAUAACAAGUGUUUAGGAUUGUAGUUCUGCUCUUGGUGUGGCAUCAAAGCAGUUAACAAUCUCAUACCUUAAUUUAAUUUACAAAUAAAUCCAUUCAGUUCGUAAGUGCUAUAUGGCACACUGAAUUUUACUCUGUUUCAUGUCUGGCCGUAACUUUAUUGCCUUCUGGGUCAUCAUAUUUAAGAAGUUAGUGAGAGCAGGUGUGGGAAACUGGUGACCUUUCAAAUGUUGCUGAACAACUUCCAGCAGCCCUAGCAAGCAUGGUCAAUGAAGCUGUAGUUCAGCAUCAUCUGGAGGGCCAAACAUUCCCCACACCUGACUUAGAGUGGUGAGAUUAGUAGCACACACACACUGCAUGUCCUUUUAUCCCAGACUUCGUAGUGACUCUCAUUUCUGCAUUGGAAUGUUGUUGGGUUUUUUCCCCAUAUUCUGUUCUCUGCCUCUGCUUCCACAGAUCAUUUUGUUGCCUUGUAGCGUUUUGAGAAUUCGUUUGUCCCACCAGCAUCCCCCAGUAAAAUAUUUUUAACAAUGUUAGUCCAUUGGCGGAUUAAUGGCUGAGGGAGCAUUCCUAAGCAUUUGUGCACCACCCAAGGAGCAAUACUAAUCCUUUCAACCCUGACCACUUACACAAGGACUCCAGUGUCUCCUCACUCCCAAAGUAUGUUCACAGAUCUUAUUUCUUGCAGGAUCAGAGAUAGAAUUUUUCCAUGAUGCCAUGCGAAUAGCAUUCAGAGCAAGGGGAAGCACCCAGGCUGGCAGGCAGCAUUCUUGCCAGGACAGUGCCUGCUCCUUGGCAGAUUGCAACAUAGGACUGGGAGGUGUAACAAGGACCUCUCAUAUGACGGAGUCCUCAGAGUUAACCAUGCAGCCUCCCAUAUAUAUUCUGAUUAAAAGGAGUAUCCCAUCUUAUAGCCCCUGGUGGUGGUGAUGAAUGAAACUUUAUUUGCGUCAGCCAUCGGCCAUAGCAACAACAAAAAAAUUAUGAUUUACACAGAACAAAAUAAAAAGUC